AUGUCUCAAGACCCUCUGACUUGCAUCGGAACGAUAUACCGUUGGGAUCCAAGAACACGCAAGGCUACAGAUCCUCGACACGUCUCUGCCUACCAUCCGUUGUAUAUCGGUCGAGAUCAGAGAAAAAGUGAUUACAUCUUUAAUGACACCCGAGUAUCAGGGCGACAUAUUCGUAUCUACACCAUUGUCUACGAUUUCGACAAUCCUUUGGACAUCGCUCCUUUGGUCUAUGCCCAGGAUCUCUCGUUGAACGGCACAUUCUGGAAUGGCCAGAAGAUCGAGAGACAUGGAGAUGCAUUCCUCCUUAGCGAUGGAGAUCUUUUGCGCCUGUCGCCAGAAAGUUACCUCGAGUUCCGUUGUGACUAUCAAGUUGACAAGCCCCUGACCCCUGUUCAGCGAGAAGAAGCAAAUUGUUUUGUGGCCGAAUAUCUGAUCACAAAUCGUCUGUUAGGAGAAGGUAGUUUUGGUAGGGUUCAUAUGGCAGUUAAUAGAAAAACUGCCAGCCAAGUCGCCUGCAAAGUCGUGGAUCUCAGAACCGUGAAGAAAGCCGUUGAGAAGAGGACGAAUGAUGGAGAGUGGAAAGGCACGAGCCUUCUAGAACUUCAGAAGCGUGAGGUUUCAAUCCUUGAAAGGCUGUCUCAUCCUAACAUAAUUGGGAUCGAAAAAGUAAUCCAUACGGAUAAUACAAUAUUUAUGUUCGAGGAUCUCAUUACAGCCGGCGACCUCUUCACCUUUGUUGAAUCUGUGGGUGGGAAUAUUGCGGACUUUGACGCAGCUUCUAUCAUGCGACAAAUUCUGAUUGCACUGGAUUACCUGCACGACAACAAUAUCGUCCAUCGCGAUCUCAAACCCGAAAACAUCUUGAUGACCACUCACGGAAACGGGCGUCGGGUAGUUCUGGCAGACUUUGGCUGCGCACAGAUUAUUCAAUCAAAAAGCAAGCGCAUGUCCACUGUGGUCGGGACUUGGGAUUAUACUGCUCCGGAAGUAUAUAAAGAGUCCAUGAUGCAAGGAUACACCAAAUCAGUCGACCUCUGGUCUGUCGGCUGCAUAGCAGUUGUCUUGUUGAUCGGGGCGCCUCCAUUCCCUUUCUCGUCGUCCGGUCUGAUCGAAGGUAGUGAGCCAGGCGAUAUGAAUGGGGUGUUUAAUAACACGCGGUGGAACGAGGCUAGUGCACUGGCGCAAAAUUUUGUUCUCUCGCUACUUGUUCUAGACGAGAAAAAGAGACUGACUACGAAGGAGGCUCUUCGGCAUUACUGGUUCGAAAACAUGGAGUAUAAGUCGAGGUUGGAAGUUGAAUACCAAGCUGCUAUUCGGAACUGGAGUCCUCGUUGUAAAUCGUCUCUGAUUGUGAAACAGGAGGUGGAGCAGGAGUUGCUUUGUUUAGGAUCACAAGAGUCGGUCAUAUAUUUGGGGACAAGCUUCGUUACAGAGGUGAAAGAUUCAUGUUCGGGAAAUGAAUGCAAUCUCGACUCCGUUGACACAUCGAGCGCUAUUAUGCCUGUAAGAAAAGAAAUGUCAGCAUAUGGAAAGAAACCGGUAGGGUCACUUGGGUUGCAGAAUUCGGCUAUUUACAUGGGAUCGAAUGUCGUUUCCGAUGGAUUUCCUUUGAAAAAGGCACGAUCAGUGCGCGGGAAAGACCCUGCACAAUCAUUUUCAGAUGGAGGUGGUGCAAACAUCGAUUACCCAGCCUCAGUGUGCUCCAAAUUGCUAAAAGAAAGUGAUUUUACAGCCGGGAAAUCCGCCACUUGCCAAAGAUCUACACAGGGACGUACAAGCGUAAACCACCCUAGUGUUAGCCCUCGAUUGGCAGACCAUCGCCUACGUCGCCCUCUCAGCUUACAAGCUUGGAGUGCCUUAGCUGAAAGGUCUCAUUCAAAUUGUGUCCAGUUGUUCAACCAAGGUGAGAGAUAUCAGGCUUUAGGCAUGGAAGAGGCAAAGUCAAGAGUGAAGCAAGGAGUUUUGGUAGGGUAUUCACACACAAACAAUGACGGCGACGUAUCGAAGGCUGAGCCCUUGCUGGUCCACAUCUCCGGUGCUGAAAAACAAGUUAGUAACGCUCUUGUAUCCUGGUCGACCCAGUCAGAGGAAGGAGGCGAAGUAUACGAAGAAGUGGAGCACAAGCUCACUGGGAAGACGCAGCGAGUGCUGUAUGGGGAGAGACAGCGGGGUUACUAAGAAAUGGUAACGCCCUGUGGGGAUGAAUACAGGAGGGAGAGAUGAAAUAUAGGGCGAUAUAGACUAUUGAUAGAGGUCAAUUCAUGGCUUGCCAUUUGACCAGUUCGUGAACUAGGUCUGGGGAUCGGGACGAUCAUUACAAUCAAGGCCCUGGGUCUGAAACAGUGACAACAGUAUUAAUUAAGGGCAG